AUUACGUUCAACAAAGGUCCAACUGUUGUGGUGUCUAUGUGACUCAGUAUAGGUGAAACCGAAGAGGAGCUAGUCAACGUACUAAUGGGAUCACCUGAGAACUGUUUUACCCACGUCAGAGCCACAAAAUUCACAAACAUAUGAACCUACGUUAAUUCCUACUUCAGUGAGAAACAUGGCUGGACAAAUAUUUUGGGAUAUUUUGGUACUUACAGUGGCUGUCCUACUUGUCCAUGUGUGUGAGGCUGAAGCAAAUUAUUUCGCAGAAACAACAAAGGCUUUAGAGUUCAGCUACGUGUAUUCAGAUGAACCUGUCCAUCACAUAAAACGAAGAAGCACAGAGGCACACACAGACUAUAUUGUUGAAAUUGAGAUAAAUGCAUCAAGCAUUUUUGUGAUCGAUGAAAUUAAGAAAGAGCUGAAUAGGAUUCAAAACGAUCCCCCAGUUGCCAAUCUGACAAUAUUAGAGACAAACUUUACGACAGUGUGCAGCUUCUUUAACUCUAUAUACCAGUGCAGAUGUGAGGCGGAGUAUUUCUGGCCCUGUGCCAUGUGUGAAAACAAUGGAAGCUGUAACACAGCUGAUGCAGCUGAUGCAUGCAGCUGCAUCAAAGCUAAACCAAGUGGACAGUUCUGCCAAAAGAAAAGUAACCCAGCAUGUACACAACCAACAACAGUCCCACCCCCUCCUGUCUACGGUAAAGUAAUUAGCAUGCAAUUGAGAAUGAGAAAUAAAAGAUUUGAUACCAGCCUGACCAACCCUAAGGACCAAGCUUACAAAGACCAAGCUGAAAUAAUUAUGUCAGCGAUUAAUAAAGGUUAUGGAAGUUUUUUUGGCUACAUAAAAAAUUCAGUGAAAGUCAUCGGCUUCAGGCCUGGCAGUGUUAUGGUAGACUACACGAUAAAUGCAACAGACAACAGCUUUGAUUUUAAAGCGGCAAACAGUAUUGUUACCAACAUACUAAUGAAUUCUACAGAUAAUUUUGCUCAAUCUGAACCAAAGCUUCUUAACACAACCAGAGAUGCAGUGUAUCCUCUCCAAAGUAUGACCCUGAAAUGUCCAGAGUCGACAGUUAUAAAUGCAAUUCAAUGGAGUGUGAAUGAGAAAGAGCCAGACCUCGACAAAUACUGCAGAUACGCAUGCACCCUAGUAACUGAUUCAAUCCCCAUCAUCCAGUGGCAAAAUAUUGUGAUCGAAAAACAACCCCAAAUAGAUGUAAAGGGUGAUGAUUUACGUGUUUUUCCCUGUGAUGGAAGGACUAUUCAACUAAACUGUUGUGUUAACACCAACCAUUUCAUUGAGUGGGUCCUGCUAGGCAAAGUUGAAACAUCAGGGCUAGGUUGUGUUACAUUUGACUACAAAACUGAUAAUGUCCUUUGUGGGGAGAAAAUCUUCACAUGUCGACUCCAGGGUUUAGAGCAACUCUAUAAAUACAGUUAUAGCAUGCGUGAUGUCACGAUUGAGACAAAAGCAAAAGAUCCAGAGUAUACCUGUGAAAAAAAUGUACUUGGAAUUGGAAAAGAAAAUGAAACAAAAGAAGGGCCAUGUGAUAAUGGCAUGGAAGGAAACAUUACAUAUAAAUGUCAGAAAGGAACAUGGAAUGAAAUACAGGACAACUGUGUAGUCAAAGUUAUCGAUGACCUUGAAACUGAAUCUCAGGUCUUGGAUGAGAAAGAAAUUCCAAAAUUUGUGGAAAGCCUCAGUAAUGCUACAGAGAAGAGUAAUUCUAUUAUAACCAAGUCUGUUGCAACUGUCCAAACAGUUGUUGACAUUCUCACCACAAUUGCUGAAGUCUCCGAAAACAUCUUUAUACAUAAACCUGUGAUAGAGGGUUUCCUUACCACGGUAGACAAUAUCUUAUCAGAUGAAUCCGCAAACACAUGGGAACAAUUGAACAACGGCAACCAGGCAGAAAAAAACACCAGCGUUGAACUUCUGCAAGCUAUUGAGGACAUAAGUAGCCAUCUGUCAGCUGGGAAUUUUGACAUAACAAAACCAAACAUUCAGCUUAACAGAAAUGUAACUGAUGGGAUAUUGACAACGUUCAGUGUCACAUCUCAACUGCAAGACUCAACUUCACAGAUUGUGAUACCAAAUGUUCCUAAUUCAACGUCAAUAACCAUUAUUAUCUUCACAGACAUUGGCAAUGUUCUACCUACUCGCAAUACUUCUGUUAUUAACACCGGAACAUCAGUAAACCGCAUUAAUGGAGACGUGAUUGUUGUUCAGGUCGAACCACCACUGAACAACAUUUUGUUAACUUUUGACAUAAAAAAUACAUCAUUGGGAAAUCCUGAGUGUGUCUUUUGGAACUUUACUCUUGACCGAUGGGAUUCCACAGGAUGUAAAGUCAAGUUCUAUUUAAAGGAAAAUGUUACGUGUGAAUGCGACCACACAACCUCUUUUUCAAUCCUGAUGUCACCGUUUGAAUUUACAAACCCUGAGGAACUCAAAGCCUUAGCCUAUAUAACAUACAUCGGUGUUGCUAUUUCAAUAACCAGCUUGAUUCUGUGUCUCAUUAUUGAGAAGAUUGUAUGGAAGUCAGUAAAGCGUAAUGACACGUCAUACAUGCGACACGUCUCAAUAGUCAACAUCGCUGUGUCUCUGCUUAUUGCAAACAUCUGUUUCAUCAUUGGAGCUGCAAUCGCAGAUCAAGACAUAAAACAAGGGCUGAUGAUCUCAGUGGCUCGCUGCAGUCCAGUGGUUUUCUUCAUGCACUUUUUUUAUCUUGCCGUUUUCUUCUGGAUGCUCAUUUCAGCCCUUUUGCUCCUUUACCGCACUGUUGUGGUCUUGGCUCAAAUGUCAAGGACUAUUAUGAGGGUCAUUGGCUUCACAGUUGGUUAUGGUGCACCUUUGCUCAUAGCGGUUAUUACUGUCGCAUCCACAGCUGGACCUAAAAACUAUGUCUCAAAAGAAAACGCAUGCUGGCUGAACUGGACUGAAUCUAAAGCUCUGCUGGCAUUUGUGAUUCCAGCUCUGACUAUCGUUUUCAUAAACCUUGUGGUUUUGAUUGUGGUUGUGUGCAAGAUCUUAAGGAGGGGGGUUGGUGCUGCAUCUCAACCAGCUGAAAGACCUAUCUUCAUAGUCAUUGCCCGAUGUUUGGCCUUCCUGACUCCUAUCUUUGGUCUAACAUGGGGAUUUGGCAUUGGAACCAUGGUGUCACGUGACUUUGGCAUUCAUGUGGUGUUUGCACUCCUAAAUUCACUGCAGGGAUUUUUUGUGUUGGUGUUUGGAAUACUUUUAGACGGCAAGGUCCGUGAGGUACUUGGAGGAAAGCUGUCACUGAGUAGCCUAAGUUCCAGUCCUACCAGGAGCACUAAUCCAGGAGUGUCAUCUUCAAGUGGACUGGGACUCUUUGCAAGACUGCGCAGAAAUGUGUACAACGUAUCUAAUCCCAGCUCAUCUCGACCUACUAACAGCUCCGGUGCUUCAGAGAAUUUAAUGAAUCCCUAAUUUAUCAUGUUAUUAUAUUCAACCAAUGUCAUUAUUCAAAACGAUUUAAUCUGUUACGAUGAUUAUUGUAAAAUGAGGUGUACAUUUUGUCAUUUAACAAACUAUUAAUUAUGUUGUUAGUGGUUGAUAAGCACUUUUAUUUAAUUCAUUUUAAUCAUACAUUAAAGUCAUAGCAAGUUAGCAACAACAAAAAACACAACUAUUGAACAGUUCACUAUUAAGGGAAAAAGAAAACACACACUGACUUCGGGUAAGCUAUCAGGAUGGAACGAGUAAUUACUGCCAUAUAUUGUUACAGCUAAAUGUUCAUGGGUUAGUUGAAUGUUUAACUGCUAUAGCAAAAACUGCUAUGUUUUUGAUAUAAUAACUAGGUGUUUGAAAUCAAUAUACCCACACUUGUGUAUUGUAUUCACUUUAUAUUAUAAUAUUAAAAUAAGAUAUUUUAAUUA